UGAGCCCCCUAAAAGCUAUUCGAACGUACCGGGGCAGACCGGGGUCGACCCAGGGAAGCUAAACGAACGCACCCAGAGAUAACGUGCUACAAUGCUAGACCAUGAAAGCAUGUAUGAAGAACCUUCGUCCAUGAUGGAAGUGACAGUAUCAUCACGUGCCAAAGGUACCUGGGUGUGUUAUGGUGGAGGUUCUAUUGGCUUGCAGGACAAGAGAUGGGAGGAUGGUCAGCCAGACGGCGGAGACGAUUGCGCCAAAGGCUUGGCUGCAGGCUGGAAUGAUUAUGAUUGUGGUGUAAGCCAGAGGUUAAUUUGUCAGCGUCCUGUCGCACCACUCUAAAUCCCUUCAAAGUUGGCUUC